UGCCGUUGCUGCUAGCAGGUUCUCCGCUGCUCGUUUGCUGAUCAUGGCCGCUUCUAAGCCAGUCGAGCCACAGUCUGGUGCCGGACUACCCCGUUGGCAGCUGGCAUUGCUUGUGGGGACCCCAAUCGUUCUUGGGGUGGGAGCGGUUUACCUCUGGAAUCGCAGCAGGACGAAGGGAAGGCGAGGCAAAGGCAACGGGGAAAGGAAAACUCCUGAAGGCAGUGCGAGCCCUGUCCAGGGCCCGGACAGUGCGGCCGGAGCCAUCCAGGAGAACACGAGUCCCCUGGAUCGGGCCCAGGGUGCCAAGAACAAAGGAAACAAGUACUUCAAGGCUGGCAAAUAUGAGAACGCCAUCCAGUGCUACACAGAGGCCAUUGCCCUUUGUCCCACAGAGCAGAAGUCCGACUUGUCAACUUUCUUUCAGAACCGAGCAGCAGCCUUUGAGCAACAGUCGAAAUGGACUGAGGUUGUUCAGGACUGUUCCAAGGCUGUGGAACUAAACCCACGAUACAUCAAAGCUCUUUUCAGAAGAGCCAAAGCUCUAGAGAGACUAGACAACAAGAAAGAGUGUUUGGAAGAUGUCACAGCAGUUUGUAUUCUGGAGGCCUUCCAAAACCAACAGAGCAUGUUGUUGGCUGACAAGGUUCUGAAGCAGCUCGGGAAGGAGAAGGCCAAAGAGAAGUACAAGAACCGGGAACCUAUGAUGCCAUCCCCUCAGUUCAUCAAGGCCUACUUUAGCUCUUUUACAGACGACAUCAUCUCGCAGCCUUUGCAGAAAGGCGAGAAGAAAGAUGAAGACAAGGACAAGGAGGGUGAGACGGCAGAGGUCACUGAGAGUUCAGGAUACCUUAAGGCAAAGCAGUACAUGGAGGAGGAAAACUACGACAAAAUCAUCAGUGAAUGCACUAAGGAGAUUGACUCCGAAGGCCGAUACACAGCUGAAGCUCUGCUGCUGCGCGCCACCUUCUACCUGCUGAUUGGCAAAGCUACGGCUGCUCAGCCGGAUUUGGAUAGAGUCAUCAACAUGCAGGGAGCUAACGUGAAGCUACGAGCCAAUGCUCUCAUCAAGCGUGGGAGCAUGUACAUGCAGCAGCAGCAGCCUCUGCUCUCCACACAAGACUUCAACAUGGCAGCAGAGAUAGACACAAAAAACCCUGAUGUGUAUCACCACCGCGGUCAGCUGAAGAUCCUGCUGGACCAGGUGGAUGAGGCAGUGGGCGAUUUUGAUGAGUGUAUCCUGCUCAGGCCAGAUUCUGCUCUUGCUCAAGCACAGAAAUGCUUUGCCCUUUACAGACAAGCAUAUACUGGAAAUAACCCGUCACAAGUCCAGAUUGCAAUGGACGGCUUUGAAGACGUGAUCAAAAGGUUCCCAAAAUGUGCUGAGGGCUAUGCUCUUUAUGCUCAGGCUUUGACCGAUCAGCAGCAGUUCGGAAAAGCCGACGAGAUGUAUGACAAGUGCAUCGAGCUGGAACCAGAUAAUGCCACCACUUACGUCCACAAAGGUUUACUACAGCUUCAGUGGAAACAAGACCUGGAUCUCGGGCUGGAUCUCAUAAGUAAGGCAAUUGAGAUCGACAACAAGUGUGACUUUGCCUAUGAGACGAUGGGGACCAUUGAAGUUCAGAGAGGCAACCUGGACAAGGCAAUAGAAAUGUUCAACAAGGCGAUAAAUCUAGCCAAGUCUGAGAUGGAGAUGGCACAUUUGUACUCGUUAUGUGACGCAGCAUACGCCCAGACAGAGGUAGCAAGGAAGUACGGCCUGAAACCUCCAACGCUGUAACUGCACAACCAGUUGUUUGCCAACAUCACUCUUCAUUGCUGAACUUAAACUGUGUUAAACAUGCGUCUGUCUGACUUUCGUUAAUUUGUUCAUACUGGAAACAAGUCAUUAAUAUAAAAAUGUGCCCAGUGUAAAAUGUCAACCUGGGAGAUUGGAGGUAAGACUUGAGUAAAGAAGGAAUAUACACAUUUUCACUAUCCGAGACUCUGAUUAUCAUUUGGUUUACUGGUAGCAAUGGGUGAAUUCAGUGACAAACAGGACCUAAAGGAUUGAGAAUGAAAACAAUAAAAUAAUUGCAAAGAUAUUUAAAUCUGCUCGACCCAGUUUCAGACUACACUUCACUCUUCAGACAAAACUGUGAGAGCUGUAUGGCUAAAACUUAUGCAGUGUUGUUUCCUGCUAGAUUCCAUAUUGUAGCCUGCAGUGUCAUGUCUGAAUGGAAGAAUAAAACUUUUGUCAAAUGUGUAAUGUCUGUGAUUGUCAUGCUGGAAUGUUGCCAUGGGGAAGGACCUGCAAAGUUCGUUUGGAAACCUGUUUUGUAUUUUAUAUCGGGAUUGCCUGAUUUUUUUUUUUUUCUGGUGCAGCAUGUUCACUUUCUAAAUAUGUGUAAAUGUGAUGCUUGUUUGAACACUAGGAGAACCCCCGACCACCGAACAGGGAUUUGAGUCUAGUGAACAGUGAUCUCUUGUAGUGAGAGUAAUAUCGUGGAAGACAUCUUUAUGUGUCAAGGGGGCUUACAUAUAGCAAGGGAUUCAUUCUGUGAAAACAUCUUCUAUUUUGCUGUACAAUGUUUUCAUGCUUGUAGUUUUUUUUAAUUGUUUUUCUUUAAUCGGGGUCCUUCCAAAUGAUGUCCCAAGCCUUAUUGUUCAAAACCUCCAUGCAGCUCUGAGACCUUUGUAUCUUUUGGUUCACCAACUGUUCAGACUCUUGUGCACCUCGAUAAGUAACCUUGCCUCUCUUUCUAUCUUUCUACAUAAUCAGGUAUGACACUUUGCAUAUGUGAUGACUCUUAAGAACCAAAUUAUACACUCAAGCUAUGGCUGGUGAGGACAUUUAAAUCAAAAACAUUUAUAAAUGGUUGUAAUUUGAGAACUCAACUGACAUUCUUUAACUAUAUACUGUACAUGGUGACCAAAGUGAAAAAGUAAAUACUAAUAAAAUUCUAUUG